GAGCAGCAGCAGCUGACGGACGACCACGACAGGCCAAGCUUCGUCGUCAUACCACGACAACUUCUGAAGGUGGGAACUGCGCUCGUCGCCAAGAUAUCGUCGUCUUACGCGGGGCCAUUCCGAUAUUUCAGGGUUCCGAAGGUCACGCAGUACGGCGUCCAUAGGGCCACGGGUGAUCAAUCCCGCAACAACUCGGCCACCACCACCACCACCACCCCAGUUCCUGCAUCGCAGCGGUUCCACGACGUCCUCGUAUUUCACGCCCGGCCGACGGGUUCCCAGAGACUUUGGAUGAUCACCAUUGAGAUAGGGACUCCAGAGACCCAGCUGCGAGCCAGUCGCAGUCAGCGGUUGGGCCUUGGCACACGUCCCUGA